AUGGGGGGAAGAAAACCUACAGGUGUACUUGUUCUUCACAUUGCAUGCCUCCUUUGUGGUGCUACCCUUUGUUUGCCCACACCAAAGAUAUCAGAUUAUGAUGUGGACGGUGGACGGGACCUUGACAUUUUUGACAUCAAUGAAGAGGCAGGGUUGAAUCUUGUAGAGGGGGACAUUGUGCUUGAUGAGAGGCAAACUCGAAAUUCCAUAAUAGGGGAUGAGUACAGGUGGCCAAAGACGAUCCCAUACUACAUGGAGGAUGACUUAGAGAUCAAUGCAAAAGGUGUGAUUCUGAAGGCCUUUGAGCAGUACCGGCUCAAGACCUGCAUUGACUUCAAGCCUUGGAACGGAGAAGCAAAUUACAUUUCCAUUUUUAAAGGGGGCGGAUGUUUCUCCUCUGUGGGAAACCGGCGAGUUGGGAAGCAGAGAUUGUCCAUAGGGAGAAACUGCGACCGCAUUGCCACCAUUGAACAUGAGUUCCUUCACGCUCUGGGUUUUUGGCAUGAGCAGUCCAGGGCAGAUCGUGAUGAUUAUGUCAACAUCAUGUGGGAUCGCAUCUCAGAUGGUAAAGAACACAACUUUAACACCUACAAUGACACCACCUCCAGCUCGCUGGGUGUACCCUACGACUACGGCUCCAUGAUGCACUACAGUAAAAAUGCCUUUCGCAACGGCACCGAGCCCACCAUCGUCACCAAGAUCUCUGCUUUCAGUGAUGUCAUCGGCCAGCGUAUGGAGUUCAGUGACAGUGACCUGCUCAAGCUGCACCGCCUCUACAACUGCAGCCAGGCCUCCACCUUCCUGGACUCAUGUGACUUUGAACGUGAGAACAUCUGUGGUAUGGUCCAGGGACCAGGAGACAAAGCAGACUGGGUCAGGGUUGCCAAAGCUGCUGGAGGGCCUGACACUGACUACUCCAACAUGGGCAAAUGCACUGGCUCGGGAUAUUUCAUGCACUUCAGUACUGGCCCGGCCAACACUGGGGAUACAGCUCUUCUUGAAAGCAGGCUCCUUUACCCCAAAAGAGGUUACCAAUGUCUGCAGUUCUUCUACUACAACAGCGCCGACCCCAAGGACACACUGAAGAUCUAUGUCCGAGAGUAUGACAAAGCUAACCCCAACGGAACUCUGCGCUUCAUAAAGACCAUAGACGGAUCCCCUCAGGAUCUGUGGCAGCUGCACCACGUGAGUCUAGAUGUCAAAACAAAAUUCCGCGUCGUCUUUGAAGGGACAAAGCAGGGCUCUGGGAACCCGGCAGGGGGAAUGUCACUGGAUGAUAUCAACCUUUCUGAGACCACCUGCCCAGAGUUUAUAUGGCGCGUGAAGAACUUCAGACAGGUUAUGGAAACCACGCCAACAAACACAUCUAUCUUCAGCCCCCCAUUCACCUCUAAAGAGGGUUACACUUUCCAAAUGCAGCUGUACCCCAGCGGAAGGGCAGGUUACCCUGGUGAGUUGUCGGCCUAUGCUCAUCUGGUGGCCCGUGAGGGGGACACCGGGCAGAAGUGGCCCUGCCCCUGGAAACAGAUAACCAUGAUGCUGAUGGACCAGCACCCACACAUCCAAAAGCGCAUGUCUAACCAGCGCAGUGUGACCACCGACCCCAACAUGAAGGCAACAGAUUCUAGCCAAUUUUUCUGGGAUGACCCUCGCAAGGUGGGUUUUGAAGUCACACAUACAGAUGGGUCCAAAUAUUUCCGAGGGCCAGGCACCGGAACUCCGGUGUAUCUCACCCACCUCAGAGCCAAGAGCAGAGAUUUUAUCAAGGGAGGAGACGCCAUCUUUCUCCUCACAAUGGAGGAUGUGUCUCAUCUGACUGUGACCCAGCCUCAGCCCUCCACAACCGUACCACCCUCUACCUCCGAUAGCACCACAGCACCCUCUGAUGCCUGCCUCAAUGUGGAAUGUCUGAACGAUGGAGUCUGUGUGGUGGACGAGGGGAAAGUUAUGUGCAGGUGUGCGGUGGGUGAUGACUGGUGGUACUACGGGGACAAGUGUCAGUACAAGGGCUCCGUCAUGGAUAAAACCAACCUUGCACUUGCCUCUUCUCUGUCUGUACUGGGAGUCAUGCUGGUGGUUACUUUGGUCAGUGUCAUCUGUGUGAAGAAGAAGUACAAGAAACACAGUGAUGGCAACAGUGUUGUCAUGGCAAAAAUUUAUAAUACAGAGAAAAUGUAGAGGGAGAUCCUGGACUCUCCUGGGACAACUCUGUUAGGAGAAGAAAACAGCAACAAAAAAAGAAGACUUUAAAUAAAAUGAAUCAAUAUUUUUCUGCUUAAUGUUUGUGCUAAAUAUCUUGUAGAGCAGGCUUUGGAUUUAUAGAUUUAACUCCAGUGCUAAAAUGUAAGACAUCACAUAUUAUAGAGCAUAAUAUAAUAUGAGAUCGCCCUCUUUUGGUCAUUCAAUGAAAAAACAAUACAGAAAUGUGACAAUAUU